AUCUGUCACUUGUCAGUAGUUGUGGUUUUGUUUUGAUUCAUGCCUGUUUCGAAAAGGAUAUUUAUUUAAAGAUAUAAUGUCUGUAACCAUAAAAAAAGAAGAUUCCCCUUCCUCAGAUUCAGAAGUGAUUCCGUCCAGUUCAAGAUUUGAUCCUAUGCAAGCGUUGUACUCUGACAAAGUUGUUGUACCGGUGAGAAAUGCGCCAAUGUAUGAAACUGUGAGACAAUUUGAAGAUGCCCAGAAAAAUAAAGAAAUCUUAGCCGUCGGUGAAAGUGAAUUGGUUCGAAAGAGAGAGCAAGAGAAGGAGACAAAACGGCUUGAAAAGGAGAAACUUGUAGAAGAAAAGAAUCGUCAGCGUUUUGCACAAUACAGAGACCUACUGCCAGAGCGCAGACAGAGGCGUGUGGUCAAUGUGCUGACUCGUAUCGAUAGGACCAUCGGGCCGCUGUCUGCUCUCAAGGAUUGCGUCGACAACAGGCUCAGACUGAAGAUAGUAACCCGCAACGCGACAGGUAUAAGGGGCGAGCUGCACGCAACGCUGGUUGCCUUCGACAAGCAGUGGAACCUGGCUUUGUGUGAUGUGCUCGAGGUGUGGAGGAGGAAGGCGGUGAAGAAGAGGAAGAUUCCUCCUUGCUUGGGUACACCCGUCGCCAAAGGCACAGCGGCGAAGACUUCCCCCGUGCCAAUAGUCACGGAGACACCUCUAGGGGGAGGUGUAUGGGAGUGCACAAGACACAUCCCACAGAUGUUAGUUAGAGGCGAGCAUGUGGUGCUUGUCAAUAUAGUGGAACGGUGAUAAAACACGGCUUUUGUUAACUUGUUUAUAUAUACACUAGAUGAUGCCCGUUGCUUCGCUCCCGUGGGAAUUUUGAGAUAAAAUAUAGCUUAUAGCAAUCUUGGUGAAUGUACCUUUCUAAUGGUGAAAGAAUUUUUGAAAUCGGUUCGGUAGUUUCGGAUAUUACCCGCCUCAAACAUACAAACUCACUAACGCUUACAUUAUAAUAAUAGUAUAGAUAACUAGUAUUUGAUGGCUGAUCAGCUGAUCGGAGUUGGAAUGGAAGGUGAAAAAAUAUAUUGUUCUUUCACUUCUUUCAUUUGGUUGUCCUUGACCUUGUUACUUUAUAAAAUUCGUGAUUUUCUUUCUUUAGCUUUAAUAGUAAGACUUCUGUCUAUUUUUGAUAAUUUUCCUCUCAUUACAUCUAUCAAAGAUCUUAUUAAUGUUACUUGCACGUAAUUUAAUUUAGUUACGAAUACGAUUCACUCCUAAAAUGUUGCUUGAUUAUUUAUUACAUGUUACAAAGUAUACGGAUAUUUCUCCAAAAAUAAAAAUUAAACGUAACAAAUCCUCUCAUUCAUUUACUCCACCUUUCCUGUGGCUAAGACUUGUUAAUAAAUCCAAUGGCAUUUACAUUCUGUUAAUAAUCAUAAUGGAUAGUAUUAACACCUAAUAAUAGGCAAGACUUUAUAAAAAAUGUGCUGUUCGAUGCAUUUAUUUAGACGCAACAGAAAAUAGAAAAGUAACUUGAGAAUACUGUUGUAAAAUAAAUCACUGGAAAAUCUCGGAAAUAAUUUCUUCCAAAGUCGAGAGAAUAAUAAUACAUCUCUCUCAAGGUUUAUUUAUUUAUCAAUAAUGUUAUGUAAUGAGAUUCGACAUCGGAGGAAACCUCGCACGGCCACGGCCGCCAUUUUCUCAGUAUUGUUAAUUUUAAAAAAAUAUCACAAUGGUUGUUUGAAUUCGGCGCCGAUUUAUACUUUUUUAAUUUAUGGCGCGGCCUGGGAAAUCUGCGUCAUUCGGCGUAAAACAAUAGUAUUGAGAUUGUGUAUCUGUUAAUUAGUGCUAUCGGAACUAUCAGUUACUAUUAUCGUACCUAUAUGGAUGUGGGUAAUUACAUAUCUAGCUGAUUUAAGUGACAGAUACUCGAGUCGGAGUACAGAGAAACAGAUUUCAUGCUUUACUUUAACCCGUCGACCGCGCAGAAUCAAGACACAAUAGAUAAACAAUUGUUUGACCGGCGCAUUGGCACCGGUUCGGAAUGUAGUCUUUGAACAUACAGAAUUAAAAAACAAACUUAUAAACCUAAACCUACCAUCGACUACUAAAAAAAUACAGGAAUGUUACUGGCCACAUUAAAGAAAAAAAUAGUUUUGAUUUAAAUAUUUUGGGUGGACAAAAAAUAAUCUUAAUUCGGCUGACGAUUUUUGUAAAACAGUUUUUCAAAUUGAUGUUUCCACUGUCAAUUUCGCAUUAUUUUAUAGAAAAUAAAUGUCACCUGUCACCGUAAAUUACAUUAGCCACUUACUAUGUCACAUUCCACCUUACCACAACAUUAAGGAAAGAUUUUUCACAUCAUUUGUGAAACGUGUAAACAUUGUAUAGCCUACGUCUGCUACACAUUACUUAGGCUGUCGUUGCGGGUGUUCAACCUACAUUGCUGAGUUUUAAUGCGAGCUAGCGUUGACACGGGACAACGCGGAGCAGUGUACAGCAAUGUGUGACGUUGAUAUCGAUGCUACCCCAGCGUGGGUGAUUGGAGUUCGGCCAGGGGGCGACGCCCCCACGGCCAUUGUCUCCACGUUAGAUUUGGAUAAAAAUACACGUGAUGCAUCGAGAUUUUGCGUAAAAAUGCGCUAUUUUUGCCUAGGUUUGGCCUUUUCUAUCAUCUCUCUCGCUACUCAAAUGUUGGCUGGAAGAGAUUAGCAAUAAGCCCACCAUUUGUCCAUAUGCAUGCAUUAUUGUAUUCUUUUGUACCGUUAUUGUUUUAUCCUAUUACAUAAAUUUUACGAUAACUCAAAAACUGAACAGAUUUUGUACGGUUUUACCCGAGCGAAGCCGGGACGGGCCGUUAGUGAGCAAUAAAGAUAUUUUAUACAGUACUGCAUUUUCUGAUGAAGGUGACUUUUAGCCGUAUGACGUUUGAAUUGUUCAUGCGUAUUCAAAUGAUGCGGACUGCUAUAAUAAAUAAAUAAAUAUAUUAGGACAAAUUACACAGAUUGAGCUAGCCCCAAAGUAAGUUCGAGACUUGUGUUAUGGAAUACUAACUCAACAAUAAUAUAUUUUAUAACAAAUACAUAUAUAGAUAAACAUCCAAGACCCGGGCCAAUCAGAAAAAGAUCAUUUUCCAUUCAUGACCCGACCGGGUAUCGAACCCGGGACCUCUUGGUUCAGGGGCAAGCACUUUACCACUGCGCCACCGAGGUCGUCAUAAUAUUUAUUGACAUAAUCAAUAACUUAUGUAAUUAUCCACGAAUGAAUUAUGUACACGUUUAAGACUAUACAGAUUUCUGCUUUGUUGAGAUUAUUGCGACAUAAAGCUUAUAAGUACAUUGAAGUUUCGUGUCAAAACGGUUGAGUUCAUGUAGGCUUGAUCAGGUACGACACGUUGACUGUUUAAAUCUAACCUGGAAAGGAAGAAGUGGUUCAGUGUUACUGCGGAAGAGUUAUGUGAGCCAAAUGAAGAAGAUUGAAAUCGAAAGCCAAUUUAUUACUGAGUAUAUACUUAUAUCAAUUAUAAUUUUACUACGAUUCACGCACACCACUAUUAUCGCACACAAACUGCUCCUCACAAUACCUCAACUUACACACGCACACGUAUGGUCUCACAUUCAUUCCUACCGUAACCUUGUUCCUUUUUAUUUUUUUUACUUAACAUUCACAAUUGUAGUCUUUAUGUAAAACUUUUAAGGAAGUAGCAGGUCAUUCCCAUCACGAGUAUCGUUAGAUUACUCACUGGGAAGUCCUAGCCUUAUGCUGUAACCAAUAUUACUG